ACUCAUUCACGCGCCGGACUGGAAUGGUGCGCGCGCUCGCUCCUGCACUGCAAUGGCGCUGGCGGCGCGCUGAAGAGACUUGCGCGAGUUUAACAGAGAUUUUAAACGACAAUCUACAGGUAUGCACUGCGAGUCAUCGUUAAAUUCGACCUGAGGAAGAGGACUGAUCUUACUUCUGAUCAUUUGAUGUCCUCCGGUGAGCGGAUCGGUCGAGCCGUGAAGGUGAAUGAAACCGCCCCAAACGCUCCUCACAUCUGCACGCGAUCCGCCCGCCGUGUCCACCGGCUGAUCUGAGUACAACAGAACCUCGCUCCAGAUCAGACCCGUUUGGAUGAUUAUGGCAGAACGCGGUUCCACCGGAUUAUUGAUGCUGAUGUCGGAGCCGUCAACGGCGGUCGCGCGCACUCUCCCGGCGGAGGUGCGCGAGAAGCUGGCGGAGCUCGAGCUCGAGCUGUCCGAGGGUGACAUCACACAGAAGGGCUAUGAAAAGAAGAGAGGUAAACUGUUGGCACCCUACAUACCACAGAUACAAGACACGUCGUCAGCAUCAGAGGAUGAAGGCUCGCUGCGACGGCAGGGACGGAUCUCCUCCUCGUCUCCGUAUCAGUCUCACCCUCGAGUAGAACACUGGUUUAAUAAAGUCCUCCAGGGCUCGUCCACAUCAUCGUCCGCCUCCUCCACCUCCUCUCAUCACGCCACCUCCUCCUCAGCUGCGACUGUACUGGCUGACCUCGUGUCUCACACACACAACGACACCAACCACAGUGUCCCCCCGGACGUGACCGGCCUGUCUGAGCGCUCGCUGCAUGUGGAGCGUCCACAGGUGUCAUCGGUUCGAGGGAUCCCGCGCGGAUACAUCAACACCAGCGUCAUGGAGACCGCUGACGGUGUUCCAGUCAACAGUCGAGUUUCCUCUAAGAUUCAGCAGCUCCUAAACACACUGAAAAGGCCCAAAAGACCCCCGUUACCAGAGUUCUUCCUCGAUGAUUUUGAAGAACUUUUGGAUGUCCAGCAUCCAGAUCCCGAUCAGCCUAAGCCGGAGGGGGGUGAGAUGAGACCUCUGGACGGUGAGCCGCUGGAGGUGGUGACUGACUGGCCUUCGUCAUUACUGGCGUCUCUUCAGUGCUGGGGUACAACACAACCCAAGAGUCCCUGUCUCACUGCGCUGGACAACGCUGGCAAAGCCGUCUACACGCUCACUUACGGGAAGCUGUGGACGCGGAGUGUGAAGCUGGCGUACACGCUGCUGAAUAAACUGAGCUCCAGGAGUGAGCCGCUGCUGCGACCCGGAGACAGGGUUGCUCUUGUGUUUCCCAACAAUGAUCCUGUGAUGUUUAUGGUGGCGUUUUAUGGAUGUCUGUUGGCCGAGCUGGUGCCUGUACCUAUAGAAGUGCCGCUUACUCGAAAGGACGCUGGCAGUCAGCAGGUGGGCUUUCUGUUGGGCAGUUGUGGGGUGACAUUGGCUCUGACCUCUGAUGCCUGUCAGAAGGGUCUCCCUAAAGCACAGACUGGAGAGGUGGUCGCUUUUAAAGGCUGGCCGAGACUGCUGUGGUUUGUUACAGAUGGAAAGCAUGUUGUGAAGCCUCCUAAAGAAUGGCAUCCACCAAUCAGAGACGUCAGCAAUGACAUCGCCUACAUCGAGUAUAAGAGCAGUAAGGAGGGCUGUACGAUGGGCAUCACGCUGUCUCACUCUUCUAUGUUGGCUCACUGUCACUCUCUCACUCAGGCCUGUGGCUACACAGAGGGUGAGAUUAUAACAAAUGUUUUGGACUUUAAACGGGAUGCUGGUCUGUGGCACGGCGUCCUGACGAGUGUGAUGAACAGACUUCACGUCAUCAGCAUCCCAUACUCCCUGAUGAAUGUCAAUCCUCUGUCCUGGAUUCAGAAAGUUCACACGUAUAAAGCUCGUGUAGCGGUGGUGAAAUCCAGAGACAUGCACUGGUCACUUUUAGCCCAGCGAGAUCAGAGAGACAUUAGUCUCAGUUCACUUCGCAUGCUCAUUGUUGUGGAUGGAGCCAAUCCCUGGUCUAUCUCGUCCUGUGAUGCCUUUUUAAAUGUAUUUCAGUCCCGUGGGCUUCGACCGGAGGUGAUCUGUCCAUGUGCGAGUUCUUCUGAAGCCUUGACUGUCGCCCUCCGCAGGCCUCCAGAGAUGUCCGUUCCUCCUCCAGGUAAAGCAGUGUUGUCUAUGAGCGCUCUGAGUUACGGUGUGAUUCGAGUGGACACAGAGGAGAAGCUGUCUGUCCUCACCGUUCAGGAUGUUGGUCAGGUGAUGCCUGGAGCUCAGGUGUGUGUGGUCCGUUUGGAGGGGAUGCCGUAUCUCUGCCAAAUGGAUGAGGUUGGUGAAAUCUGCAUAAGCUCCAGCACUACAGGAAUCUCUUACUAUGGCCUGCCCGGCAUGACCAAGAACGUCUUUGAGACCGUUCCAGUGACAUCAUCAGGGACGCCCAUCAGUGACAGAGCCUUCACACGGACGUCUCUCCUGGGCUUCAUCGGACCGGAUAAUCUGGUGUUUGUGGUGGGGAAGAUGGACGGGCUGAUGGUGGUCACUUCAAGAAGACAUAACGCUGAUGAUGUAGUGGCCACAGCGCUGGCCGUAGAGCCCAUGAAGUUUGUGUACAGAGGAAGGAUCGCCGUGUUCUCCGUGUCGGUUCUUCAUGAUGAGCGUAUCAUGGUGGUGGCUGAACAGAGGCCAGAUGCGUCCGAGGAGGACAGUUUCCAGUGGAUGAGUCGAGUCCUGCAGGCUAUAGACAGCAUUCAUCAGGUUGGCGUGUAUUGUCUGGCUCUGGUCCCGGCUAACACGCUUCCCAAAGCUCCUCUGGGGGGCAUUCACAUCUCCGAGACCAAACAGCGUUUCCUGGAGGGAGCCCUGCACCCCUGUAACGUUCUCAUGUGUCCUCACACGUGUGUCACCAACCUGCCCAAACCCCGACAGAAGCAGCCGGGCACCGAGGUGGGACCUGCAUCCAUGAUGGUGGGGAAUCUGGUGGCUGGGAAGAGAAUGGCUCAGGCCAGUGGACGAGACGUGUCACAGCUGGAGGAUACUGAGCAGUUUCUGUACAUGCAGGAUGUUCUGCAGUGGAGGGCUCAGGCCACUCCAGAUCAUCCUCUGUUUCUGCUGCUCAACGCCAAGGGUACAGUGUCCAGCACAGCCUCAUGUGUUCAGCUACACAAGCGAGCGGAGCGUGUGGCCGUAGCUCUGAUGGAGAGAGGUCGACUCAACACUGGAGAUCACGUAGCGCUCGUCUAUCCUCCUGGUAUUGAUCUGAUCGCCACAUUCUACGGCUGUCUGUACGCCGGCUGUGUUCCUGUGACGGUCCGACCGCCCCACCCACAGAACCUGACCACCACCCUGCCAACGGUUAAAAUGAUUGUGGAGGUUAGUAAGUCCGUGUGUAUUCUGACGACACAAGCAAUAAUGAAGCUGCUGAAGUCCAAAGAGGCGGCGGCCGCCGUGGAUAUCAAGUCCUGGCCGUUGAUACUGGACACAGACGAUCUGGCGAGAAAGAGAAUUCCUCAGAUUUAUAAACCGCACACACCGGACAUGUUAGCUUACCUGGACUUCAGCGUGUCCACCACAGGAAUCCUGGCCGGAGUGAAGAUGUCUCACGCCGCCACCAGUGCCUUGUGUCGCUCGAUUAAACUGCAGUGUGAGCUGUAUCCCUCUCGUCAGAUCGCCAUCUGUCUGGAUCCGUACUGUGGGCUGGGUUUGGCUCUCUGGUGCCUCUGCAGCGUGUACUCGGGCCAUCAGUCGAUUCUGGUUCCUCCUCUGGAGUUGGAGAGCAACGCGUCUCUCUGGCUGUCCGCCGUCAGUCAGUAUAAAGUGCGAGUGACCUUCUGCUCAUGUUCUGUCAUGGAGAUGUGCACCAAAGGCCUGGGCUCACAGACCGAAGCCCUGCGGUUGAGGAACGUGAAUCUGGCGUGCGUGAGGACAUGUAUGGUGGUGGCGGAGGAGCGUCCUCGCAAUGCUCUCACUCAAUCCUUCUCGAAGAUCUUUAAAGAUCUGGGACUGUCCACUCGAGCUGUCAGCACCACAUUCGGCUGUCGGGUGAACGUGGCCGUCUGUCUUCAGGGCACCGCUGGACCGGACCCCACCACAGUGUAUCUGGACAUGAAAGCCCUCCGUCAUGACAGGGUUCGGUUAGUAGAGAAAGGCUCGCCUCACAGUUUACCACUCAUGGAGUCUGGAAAGAUUCUGCCUGGUGUGAAAGUGAUCAUUGCCAACACUGAGACCAAAGGACCUUUAGGAGAUUCUCACCUGGGAGAAAUUUGGGUGAGCAGUCCUCAUAACGCAUCAGGAUAUUACACCGUUUACGGUGAGGAGGCUUUACACGCGGAUCACUUCAGCACCAGACUGAGCUUCGGUGACACACACACCGUUUGGGCUCGCACCGGAUAUCUGGGCUUCUUACGACGCACAGAACUCACAGACGCCAGCGGAGAGCGUCACGAUGCGCUGUACGUGAUCGGAUCUCUGGACGAGACUCUGGAGCUGAGAGGAAUGCGCUAUCAUCCCAUCGACAUCGAAACAUCUGUGAUACGGGCACACAAGAGCAUCGCUGAAUGUGCCGUGUUCACAUGGACGAAUCUGUUGGUGGUAGUGGUGGAGCUCGAGGGCUCUGAACAGGAAGCGCUGGAUCUCGUUGCCCUGGUGACCAACGUGGUUCUAGAAGAGCACUACCUGAUCGUAGGGGUGGUGGUGGUGGUGGAUCCGGGAGUGAUUCCCAUCAACUCCAGAGGAGAGAAGCAGCGCAUGCACCUGCGGGAUGGUUUCCUGGCCGAUCAGCUGGACCCUAUAUAUGUGGCCUACAACAUGUGAAAAACACGGAGGAGAGGAACCUGACGCGCCACCUUCUCUUCCACAAACAUUGAUGGAUUCUCUGAUGGAGCUAUGCAGUUUAUUUUUGAUAUCAAACAUUUGAAAUGCCUUGAAGAUGAAUCUCUGAACUCGGGUGUGUGAGGGCGAAAGAUGAUGUCAUUUCCGUUGUGACAUGAGUUCAGAUUGUGUUGAAGCACACGUGAAUGUUUUCUGUGUGAGGAGGAGAUCAGACAGCCCAAAGGUCCAGAAGCAGAAUGCCCACCGUUGCUUUCAAUUACAGGAGCAUCGCCGGCAGUGUAGCUGUAAACAACCACCCAACAAAUUAAGAGAUUGUUUGUUUUCUUCUCACAUAAACACACACACUGUGGUAAAGUGUCAUUUCUGUGCCACUAGCAUCGCCCGAAAAACAGCAGCUUUCUUUUUUAAAUCUAUGAGCGGAUUGAUCUAGAUUCCUGUCUGUCACUCACUCAUAGUUGUGUUGAUGCAGUGACACUAGAGGUUUGUUUUGCAAGGCCCAAUCUCUGCUUUCUUAGUAAAGGCAAAUGAAAAUUGCAGAGUUGAAUUUGAGAAGAUCUGAUAUGGAGUGGGUUUGAGGGAAGCGCAGGUAGACCUGUUCACUUCCCAUGAGUCCUCCCCUGACGGCAGCCCCCCUUCACACUGAUGCUCUAGCACACAGCUGGCCCCGGGGUCUGCACAAAUGAGCUUUGAUUACACAGAAACUGGGCAAAGUCAGGAAGGAUGAGGAGCAAGUCCUCGAACCAUAAGGUCCACCCAGACUUGGAGCUCUUGGAGCUUACUUUUCCCUAUAACGACCUCUACCUGGCAGAUUCCCCAGGGAAUAAUGUUCUUUAUCUGAGAAGGACAUGAUCUGGCAUCUGGGUCCAGACCUCUGGAAUCUCCACCUCUUGCCUCUGGAUGGGACACGAAAGACUUAAGUAGCUUAUCACUAGCGGUCAUAGACAUUGUCACUGCAGCUAGAGCCCCUUUUACUAGGCAUCUUUUCAUGGUCUGGUGCUCUUCCUGGGGGGAACACCCACAGAGAUAUGCAUUUGGGUCUGUGCUUUUUACAAGAGAGGUCAGAGAGACGUUGUACGUGGCUGUAGCAGCACUUCACACUUGAUGGGAUUAGAUCGAGAAAGCACAGCGUGAUUAUCAGGUUCCUUUGGCACCAGGAGGUUGAAUCCUUGAAUCCCCAGCUUGGUCACUGGUUGAGCUCAUAACACGAUUCUGCUGAUUGUGGUGUUUAGUAAAAGUGCGUCACAUGUCUCUUCAUCAACGCAGUGACUGAUAGAGACUGUGUAUACAAAUUCAUGCAAAUUCCACUGGCCAGUUCUCAUUGGUCUUUUCUAAGAAAGCAUUAAUGUCACUACAUCAACGUCUUGUUCCCUCUAUCAGGGAAUGGAGGGUUCUAUAGUAAGUAAAUCGGUGGUAAAGAACAGCAGGCCAGAGAUGUUGUCUAGGAGUCGAAUUUAACCCAGAAUAUCCUCUUUUUUACUAACAUCACUAACACUUCAACAUCUUAUUUUUAGGAUGUAACAGAGUAUUUUUGUUGCAUUUGUUUCUGACUUUAAAUUCUGAUUAGAUGAAGCACGUUCUGAACUGGACGCUCACCUGUGGCUGCACUAAACUGAUUUUUUGCUUGGUAACUAGUUGUCUUACAUCCACCGAGCAGUGAAACACGAAAUGGUCUGAUAUCAGACACCUGUGGACUGUAUUGUUUCAGCAUCAUGUUUUGUUCACGUUUAAGCUUCUGCGUAAGACAGUAAUCAGGGUAAUAAUGAUGAAAAAAGUCUUCUUCAGGUAACCAAGUCCCAAUCUGAGAAAUAUUUACACUUCAUAGCAACAUUUGAGCUCUUUACUGAAUGACAUUGUUCUUGUUCGAAUCUUUUAUUCUCACUUCAGAUGAAUGUAUGAAGGUGACAUUUUAGUUUCCCACGUGUUAUUAUUGACUGAGAUGUAACAGAACCGUUUCUCUUGAUGCGUAAUUCAGCAGUAAUCAGUGAAGAGAUGGACGUUGAUGUCAGGACACAUGAAAGGCUGUUCAUGUUUGCUGUCAGUACAGAUACAGUGUGUUGUCUUCAGCACUGUAAACAUGAUGUCUAACGGCGUUUGCUUUAUUUGUGUUCACUGGUUUAAGGACAGGCAGCGAGCCUGCUGUAAUUGUUGUACAGAUUUUGUUUUUAAGUUAUUACUGGGACACCAGAAACCUCUCAAUCAUACUGCAGCAACAUGAAUGCAGACCAAACGCUGCUCAACGUUUCAUUUCUCCGGUGGUUACGUCAUCUUUUAUAUGGCAGUAGACUUGGUUUUGUUGCACAGAUUGUAAAGCACAUACAGGAUCUGUAUCACAGAAUGAUUGUGUGACUCUUGAUUUUUUUUAUUUGUAGUUCUGUCAUUUAAUCAUUUGGUUGACUUAUGUUAAUAUUUCUUAAUAAAAAU